CUUCCUCGACCUUGUCAAAUACUAUUGCAAAGAUUUGAGAAAUAGUUAUUUGCCCUUAAAAUGGCCAUUUAUUAGGUGUACCUAACAAAUAUUUUUACCAUUAUUCUACUAAACGACGUGGCUAGUUCAUUAGGUCCUAGUUAGUUAGUGCCUCAACAUGAAAAGUGACUUGAAAACACAGUUUGCACAAAGACUGUAUGGAGAAGAUCUUAGUCUAGAUAACAGACUAAAUAUUGCCUAUGGAGCUUUACUGUCUCAAGAGUUUAAUGUGAAUGGGAAAGAACAAAUAGUAAUUGACUGGUUUGCUCAAUGCUUCUUAGACAACUCUGCACAAACAAAAUCCCUUUUGAAAAUGUUAAUCAAAUGCUUAAGAAGUGAUUGUUUUGAAACAUUCAGUAACACUAUUGAUGCAUCCAGUUUGAUUGAGGCUGUGAUAAAUUUAGACUCUGAUUUAAAGAGAAAGAACUGCAAACAAAUAUUGAAAUUUCUUUUACUACUUUUGAAAACUCCUGGAUUCCAAAGAUAUUGUAGGUUUGAAAUUCAACCAAUGUGUCAAGCAGUCCUUUUAAUGAGUGAAUCCUUAGAAGCUGCUACAACAUUUAAAGGUAUUUUGGAUGAAUCUACGUCAAGUGAUCCCUCAUCAGUCAGUAUGGUAUCUGAAGAGCUGUGCCUUUGUGUUAGUAAUAUAUACAAAGUAACGCAGCAACGGAGUGAGAUGAAACAACAGUUUGUGAAAUCUCUCUUGCCCGAACUAUUGAAAUCCAUCCCGACCAUCAAAGAAUCAACGAAGUUUCGGUGCUUGGUUGCAGAGGUAAUCAUUGGAGAUGACAUACAAAUAAUACCUGAAGCUUUCAAGCAAGGAACGAAAAAGAAAAUACCUCCUCAUCUAAAAAUGCUAGUUGAUUUAUUUACCAAAAAUGACGUGAAAUGUGAUUUGAUUUCGAUCACUUCUAUCUUCUUUGAUGAAUAUGUCAGCGCCAGCCUCAAGAACAGCACAACAGAUUUGAAUCAUCUCAGUGUGUUCUACACUCUUACGUCUAUGAUCGGCUUCCAACUUCCACUUCCGUAUGUCACUGUUACUGCUACAAAUCUCUCCAGAGCUCAGAAGUUUGCUAUAUUGGCUCAGCUGGUCUAUUUACUUCACAAACACAAUGUUCCGUCGUCUGCAGAGUCCCAGGAAGGUGUUCUUUCACAACACCUCAUCUUGAUUCUAAAACAGCUGCUUUCUGGAGACUAUAAUCUGUCCUCCGAGUUGUUACAAGCAGUUGUCAACAUCUUCAAACUCUAUCCAGAAAGUGUCAGGCCAGUUUUCUCUCUUAUCAUGCUUAAUGUCAUUUUAGUGGAGAAAGAAAGUAAAGUUUUAAAGUCUUACGAUAAUCUUAUGACAAACAUAGUGAAAAUAUUUUCUGAACUCAAUCGACUCAAUAAGUUUUUCGAGUUGUUUUUCCAAAGUGCAGUGUUGAUUUCUAAGGAACACGACUUGUCAGGUCUGACCAAUGAGAUGCUUUUUACUAAAGGCUUUUAUUCAGUGUUGUCUGAAAAACUGGUUUCACUCACCGGAAAUCAAAUGAAAUCUAUAAUUGGGCAGUUGGAGAAAACUUUUUCAAAGGAGUUUAUAGCCCCUCUGGAAAACACCUGUCUACAGGAUGGAAGCUUUUGCCUGCUGUUCAAGUUGAUGGUCAGAGUGCUGAGUCAUAUAUUGGAGAACUCGCCACUCUUCAUCGGCAAUCGCUGGAACAUAGUCAGUGAGGAUUUGAAACACCUGUGUCUCGGUGUUCAAAGGUUUGGCGUCGCUGUACUCAGAGGGUAUCAAGUAAAGCUGUUGGGAAAUAAAUAUGAACUUCUACUUGAGUUUCUACUACUUGUGAAAGUGAUGGCUGAGCUAGAGUUGGUGGCCAAUGAAUAUGUGAUAUCAAAGUCAGGAGAGAGGAUCCUACCAGUGGUCAAGUCAAAAGAUAAAUCAACUGUAGUGCACAAUCUCGCCAAGUCUCAUGGCUUCCUCAUCCCUCAAGAAUGGAUUUACAUCUCUGAUAUUGUCAGGGAAGCUUUGGACCAACGGCUAGUAGUUGCCUGGCAAGACUUGCUACUGCAGAAGAGUAUGAUGUUGAAAGAUCAGGCCACACUGAAUGGCUUGGUGUUGGAGGGAGUGUCAAAGUGGUUGUGGAGCACUGUGUCACGAGUGGCCCCUUGCGUGCCACUGACACAUAUGGAGCUGUAUACUGACAAACUGAUAUCAUCACUGGACAGUACACAGCAGCUGACUGCCCUGGACAACAUCAAUGUGUUGAGCAGCAGAGCCUUCCGAGUUGCUAUGACUUUCCGAUCCCUAAACCAGCUGGCUCGGUCCGAGAACAGCUCUCUGUCUGGAAAGUUGGCCAAACUGUUAAACAUAUAUCCAGUCAUGGAAUUUGAGACGAAUUUCUCCAAUGAGAACUCAGAAGAAGUAAACAUCAUUACAAAAGCUAUGGUGGAGGCUAUCAACAGACAUUGUUGGGAAGAACGGGCCCCUGUGAUGCUGGGACCUGACAGCAAGAUCUAUUAUUCCAGAAUGUUCGAUGUUCUCUCACUCAUGAAUUCUCAUUGCCUCAAGACAGAAAGCAAGCGGAUUGUUUGUCUUAUGAUGAUUGGCCUUUCUUGUGAUUUGAGAGGCGAAUCCAACCUACUACCUACUAUUUUGGACUAUGUAAUGGGCUGCCUAGAUGACACUAGCCCUGUAGUGCCUGACAGUUUGCAGCUGCAAGUGAUGUUGCGGUGGUUGUCUCUUGUGGUGCCUCCUGAGUACCCUCACAGACAACAGCUGUACACAGUGGCUAUGGGUAGACUAAUGCACAUCCUGGCUGUGGCUGAGGACACCGCAGUGUUGGAGACAAGCGAGGAGCUGUUGUGCGCUGCCCUGCAGGCUCUCACUGUGGCCCAAAAAAGUGGAAGGCUCAAGAAUAAUGAAGAGUACAAAAACAUGGCUAAAAAGCUGAUUUUAAUGGCUUCAUCACUUGCGUGUGUAAAGAAACCAAAACCUAAAACAGUACGACUCUUCACAACAGCUGUAAAAACAGAUUUCACAUUUUUCAAGGAAAUUACUACCUCUUUGAUGAAUCUUCUUCCAAAGUAUUUGGAUAUACUGCUGGACAGUCUGGCAGGCAGCGACGUCAUGGAGCCAGACACUGUACAGCUGAUAGAGGUGGUGCUCCACUCGCAGACAGAGGUGACACAGGAGCUGGUGUCUAGAGUGUGUACCACCAUCACACAAGAGUUGUGCAGGACAGAUGUGUGUCCUGUACUGUGCUACCCUUCCACAGUCCAAGCAUUCUGCCAAGCUCUGUCUUGUGAGGAGUACCAUCAAGUCUUGUGCAAGAUUAACAGUCAUCAGCAAAAGGAUGUGAGCAGUUUGUGUGAGUUGUGGAGUAUUGUGGUUGGCACACAAGAAGGGAGGGAUAAGGCUCGUGUAAGAGAAAAAUUGUUGGUCACUGUGUUGACUCAGUGCUGCCAACUUGUUCAAGAAGACAUCUCUAAAUUCCACUCAAACCUGCUCAGCCUCUUGCAUGCCAUGGUGGUGCAUCGAUCGAUCACAUUGUCGUCCAAGCUGCUAGACCUGGUUUUGGUGAUUCUCGGUGAAGCUCCGACGGAUAGUCAGCCCCACCUGCUGCAGGACUGUCUGUCCGUUCUCAGUGCUUUGAUCAACGUCCGAGCUGAACUGGUGUUUGACAGGAUACCAGUGUUUCUACAACGGCUGCGCAAGUUUAUCAGAUCUCUAGUCUUGUGUUCUCUGGCUGAAGAUGGAGACAAGUUGAGCUACAACACUUUCUCCAACUCCAGUGUCAAUCUCGUCACUCGAAUAAUCAAAACGAUGACGGACCACCACGCCAAACACUUUGCCCGAAUCUCUCCGUACUUGAUCGCUGACAUACUUCAUCUCUUGGUCUCACAUCCAAUUGAGAUAUCAGUUAAGGGAGAGCUGCAGAACUGUGUGUGUAGUUUGCUGAUCAUCUGUGAUCAUCACGGGACUCAGCAGCUGCAGAACCUUCUGCCCAUAGCAUCUGUAGAAAUGUACAAGGUGGUCGCUGCAACAUUCAACAAGGACUAUAAAUACACUGGCAAAGUGUAACCCCCUCAGCAACAACAACAACAACCACAACAAACAACAAUCUACAGUAUAUUGGGCACGGGAAAGUUUGAAUAUGCGGAAUGGUUGGAUUCUGCAGUUUUUUUGUUGACAGGUCUAUUUAAAUCUUCAAUUUUUUUUUUACUUAUAAUGUUUUCUGUUUUUAAACCAACUUCUUGAAAUGAGCCACGGUAAAAAAUGACACUAAUUUUACUAUAAGAUACAGAAUACAACAAUACUUAUCCGCAUAGCCACAGGUCUCUGUUGCACUGUGCGUGAGGCACAGUAUGGGGGUAUGAGGUACUGAAAACUACUGUGUGAUAUGAAAUGUGCUAAAACAAGCAGAAAAUAAAGACGAGUGCUGGGUGCUUCCAAGCCUGUGUUGUUAGACUACUGGCGGUAUAACCUGCUACAGUCAUAAUAUACGAAAAUAGGUCAAGAAUGCAUAGUUCUUCAUCUUUCUUAAAAGUGGUUUGGGAGUUGAGGCGAACAAGAAAUGACACCUAACUGAAGAUGGGUACGAUUAUCGAUAUUCUCAUAUACCUUCCAGAAAUCUAUGUUUCAGUGUAAAUAAGUAUCAACUUUUUUUGCAAAGCUCCAAUCAACCUCUGCUGCCCUUUCAAAAACGGGUUUCCAAACAUUUGUUUGAAUAUAUAAUUUCGGCAUUGUUUGCUCAAUUAAUUUGAAUAACACUUUUUGGGUCCAAGAUUUUCUAUAAAAAACUGUUGCUACGUAUGAUGGUUUUUUCUUUUGUUUUUUUAUGUCCCACCUUUACAUCCUAGGAUGUAACCAAGUUAUGAUCCAAGCUAAAACCUAGUUUUAGUCCUAGGUUUUAUGAUCCAAGCUAUAACUUUAGUCCUAGAGGGUUGCAAAAUAAUUACAUAGAAAAAAAUCCAUUGGUGAUUGGUGGGAUUUGAACCUGGGACCUUGACCUCCGAAGCCACUAGACUAGUGCUCUACCACUGGACCAGCUCGAUGCCCAAUGUUAUGUAUUGCUGAUAUGAUGUACAAGCACAAAAAAAAACAGAA